AUGAAAUCCAAAACAGAAAUAUAUGCAUUGCAAAUUAUUCUUGCAAUUAUGGGGUCAAUAUCUUUUACCAUUGGAAUAAGUGGUAUUUGGAUGGGACCAAACAAUAUGAAUAAGGUCACUGUUCCAAUACGUCUUGACAAUCAUUAUCGUUAUCUUUCCGGUUUUGUAUUAGGCUUUGGACUUACUAUGUGGUUUUAUAUAAUUCCACGUAUUUCACAAGCUGUAAUCAUUGUUCGCAUAUUUGCAUUUAUGGUUUUUAUGGGUGGUUUAGCACGAGUAGUUGGAUUAUUCAAAUUGGGUAUUAUGCCAGAUACAUUUACUCUAAUCGCAAUAAUAGCAGAACUAUUUUUUACACCAAUACUAUGCUACUGGCAAGCACGUAUAGCUCAACGAAAAGAUCAAUAA